GGGACCAUUUCCGUGUCACCAUUCACCAUAGGGCUUUCAGACUGUUGAGGCUGGAGGCUCCAAGUGCUGCCUGCUGCAGAUGGGUCAAAGAAGAGCAAAAACCACAGCUGACACAGUGGUUUCCCUUUAGUGGGAUCACUGAGCUGGUAAAUAACGUUCUACAACCACAGCAAAAACAGCAAAAUGAAAAGGAGCCCCAGACAAAAUUACAUCAACAAUUUGAAAUGUAUAAGGAGCAAGUGAAGAAGAUGGGUGAAGAAUCACAGCAGCAGCAGGAGCAGAAGGGUGAUGCCCCAACCUGUGGCAUCUGCCACAAAACAAAAUUUGCUGAUGGCUGUGGCCAUAACUGUUCAUAUUGCCAAACUAAAUUCUGUGCACGCUGUGGAGGACGAGUAUCUUUACGGUCAAAUAAGGUAAUGUGGGUAUGUAACUUGUGCCGAAAACAACAAGAAAUCCUCACAAAAUCAGGAGCCUGGUUCUAUAACAGUGGAUCAAAUGCACCACAGAAGCCUGACCAAGAAGGUAUUAGAGGUCUGCGGAACGAGGAAGCACCCCAAGAGAAAAAAGCAAAGCUCCAAGAGCAUUUGCAGUACCAAGGACCACCAGGUGACAUAUCCACACAAGUUUUGGACAAAAACAGAUCUCAAGGACUCACCAGGCAAGACUCGAUUAAGAAUGGUUCUGGAGUAAAGCACCAAAUAACAAGUGACACAACAUCAGACAGGUAAGAAAGAUCUGAAAAGAUCUGUUGAAUUUAUGCUACAAAUUUAAUUUUUUCUUUUUGAGCUUUAUCUUGUCCUUAUAGUAUAAAAUAGAUAAUUGGGUUUAUUGAAACAACCCUCACCAGAAGCAGCUGAGGAGCGGCUUACUGUGUUCACAGUAACUUACUGUGGUCACAGACAAUGUGUGUUCUUCACUCAUAAAAAGAAUUCAUGGAGAAUAACAGUUGCAGUGUGACAGAACUUGUCCAUGUGCUUGGAGAUUUGUUGAAUCAUAGUGAGUGUGCUGUACCUGAGUGUUUUUGGCUGCUCACUUGGUAGCAGAAUGUUUGUAAUCCAAAACAAGGCUCAGCAAAGCAUGUUAGUGGAUGAU